AUGGUGGUUUAUUCCUUCUACAUCUUCGACAGGCACGCCGAGUGUAUCUACAAGAAGAACUGGCAACUGCCGACCGCAGCUGCUGGUCGGGCGUCACGGCCAACGUCGCAGAACCAUGUCAACGGCGCCACGGGCUCUCGAGCACUUCUGACCGCUGACGAUGACGCAAAGCUGAUCUUCGGCGUGGUCUAUUCAUUGAGGAACAUGGUGCGAAAGCUCGGCGGCGAGGACGACAGCUUUCUCUCAUACAGAACGUCGCAAUACAAACUUCACUACUACGAAACGCCAACCAACACGAAGUUUGUCAUGCUCACCGACAUCAAGUCGGGGUCCAUGCGCAUUGCAUUGCAGCAGAUCUACGUAAAUUGCUACGUCGAAUAUGUUGUCAAGAAUCCGCUUUCGCCCGUAGAGCACCCCGGUGGUCUUGGAGUCAACAACGAGCUUUUCGAAGCCAGUCUCGGCCAGUUUGUGGACCGAGUGCUCAAUGCAACAUGA